GAAUUUUUUGUGAUCUGUGAGCUGUGACUGUGGCCACGGAGUUUAGCGUCCAAUUCCAGCUCCAGCCAGUCCGCCGACACGCGUCGGGCGGAGAACGCGUAUUCCAAUUUCGAAUUCGAAAAUAACAUAUCGAAUAUUAUUACGAUAAGCGCGCCAAGAUCUUGUUGGAAACUGUUUUAUUUUAUUUUGUGCAUUAAAUUUUUUUUUAGUAUUCGGAAUCGUUAAAAAAACAAAUAAAUAUCGCGGGUGACUAGAUUCGAAUAGUAAAAUUGAGAUUCAAUUAAUUCUCACUAGCGAGGAAAGUUUUAUUAAACAUGAUAAAGCCGAGAUUUGCUUUCGCGCUUCUGCUAAUAUGCAUAGUGUCCGUGACGAUAGCAGUGGUGCCGCUGUCGUCUAGCUCAAAUGAAAUCAACCAAUUGUAUAAAAGAAAAUUACCAAGCAACGGAGGCGCAUUGUACCCACGUGCUACAGAAACCAGGGACUUAAGAACCCUAGAUGGGAUAUGGAGUUUUCGGCCAUCGCCUGCCGACCCAGAAUUCGGCUAUAGAAAUGGCUGGUAUGCGCAAGAUCUUGAAAAGACAGGCUCUGUGAUACACAUGCCUGUGCCUUCUUCAUAUAAUGACGUGGGCGAAGACGCCUCUCUUCGGGACCAUGUAGGCUUGGUGUGGUACGACAGGAGGUUCCACGUUCCGCCGUGGUGGCAGACGGCGAAACAACGGGUCUGGGUGCGGUUCAGCAGCGUUCACUAUGCCGCCGAAGUGUUUGUAAACGGCAAAUCAGUGACAUAUCACGAGAUAGGUCACUUACCGUUCGAAGUAGAGAUCACGGAUGUAGUGAAUUACAAUACGAGCAAUCUCCUCACUGUUGCGGUCGACAACACCCUACUAAGCGAUACUGUACCACAGGGAUAUGUCAAACAAAUUAUCGAUUUUGAUAAAGUGCGACAGGAGCAAACAUACACGUUUGAUUUUUUCAAUUACGCUGGUAUUCAUAGGACUGUAUUCUUAUAUUCAACGCCCCAAGUUUAUAUUGACGAUGUUAUUGUUAACACCGACAUUCAAGGAUUCACAGGAUUCGUGGUAUACAACGUAACUCACAAGGGGCCGACCACAGAAGACGUUCUCUGCCUCAUUCAAGUGUUCGAUAAGUCGGACACACAAGUCGUGGCCUCAAACGAGUGCGCCGGCCUAUUGGAAAUAGCGAAUGCUAGAUUCUGGUGGCCUUACCUCAUGAACCCCGAGCCGGGAUACUUGUACACUUUUAGGGCUUCUCUAAUAAGUAGACGCGGAGAUAUAAUCGACACUUACAGUCAGAAGAUCGGUAUUAGAACGGUCACGUGGACAAAUACAACCAUAUACUUGAAUUCGAAACCAUUAUAUCUGAGGGGAUUUGGGAUGCACGAAGACUCGGAUCUCAGAGGCAAAGGAUGGGACCCAGUUUUGUGGGUGAAGAAUUUUAACUUGAUCAAAUGGAUCGGAGCGAACGCGUUCCGGACAUCGCAUUAUCCGUACGCUGAGGAAAUAUACCAGUUGGCCGACGAAUAUGGGAUAAUGAUCAUUGAUGAGUGUCCCAGCGGAGACACAGACAUCUUCACGCAGUCUCUACUGAAUAAGCACAAACAAUCACUGACGGAGCUCAUCAGACGCGACAAGAAUCACCCGAGCGUCAUCAUGUGGUCCAUCUCCAACGAGCCGCGGUCUGCCAAACAACAGGCCGAUGCCUAUUUCGCUGAAGUAGUGAAACACGUGAAGUCCAUGGACCUCUCCAGACCCGUCACCAUCGCGAUCUCGCAAUAUUACAACACUGAUAGAGCAGGACAACACUUAGACGUCAUCUGCUUCAACCGUUACAACGGCUGGUACCAAAACACCGGCGACUUGAACUACAUCGUCAGUAAGGUGGUGGAAGAAGCCACCGAGUUCCACCGGCGACACAACAAGCCGGUCAUCAUGACCGAAUAUGGCGCUGACACUGUUGCCGGCCUACACUUUAUUCCAGAAUAUGUGUGGUCUGAAGAAUACCAAGUGGCGCUGAUGUCAGAACAUUUCAAAGCGUUCGAUAAACUGAGACAGACCGGCUUCUUCGCUGGCGAGUUCAUAUGGAAUUUCGCGGAUUUCAAAACAGCGCAAACGAUAACCCGCGUCGGCGGCAACAGGAAAGGUAUAUUCACUCGGUCGCGGCAGCCUAAAGCGUCCGCGCACCACCUCCGCACGCGCUAUCUGUCGCUCGCUGUCGCCGACGGCGCCGCCAAUAUACCGGACCCAACGUACUACAUCUCCGACAACAAGCCCACCCUACACGAAGAUCUAUAAUUUAUGCCCCAAAUAUCACAUUACGAUACAAAUACAUUUAUUAUCCAACUGAAUAAUUUAUCAUUAGCGUAACUAAGUAAAAGAACUCACGCUGACGCUUAGGUAUGUGUAUAAUCUGUGGCUGACGCACUAAAAAUUCAGAAUAGAAUUUCGUUUGCCCGAACAGCGCCCGCUCGUGCGUACGUUUGGCCGGAUUUGGCAGAAAUAAACGCCUGCAUUUGAUAUUCUACAAGAAUUUUUUUUUUUUACAAAUUCAAUACUAUGUGCUUGAUAAUCAAACAGAACCGAGGGAGUUUAUUUGUUAAAAGUAUCUAAUCUAUUAAUACAAUGUGAUUUCUACAAUGAGGAAAAUGCUAUCGUGUAGAAAGGCACGAACUCAAAACAUGAACUCGUAUUAAAUUUACUACAUUUUAUCUAUCAAAGAGAGCACUGACCUGGAAAGUGUCUGGAAAAAGGAAGAGAGGCCGCCCUAGAACAACUUGGCGUCGCUCGGUGGAGCAGAAGUUAGGUGUCUUGGGCAUGACGUGGAAGGAGUUAGAACAGACUGCCCAAGACUGAUAUAGAUGGAAAAAUUUGAUUCGAGCCCCACACCCCAGCAGAGGGUAAUAGGAAAUAAUGAUGAAUGAUGAUGACACUUUGUCUAUGUCUGAUUUUAGUAAAUUCAUAAAAUAAAAAAUAUUAAUAGGUACAUAAGUUUUUAAGUUUGACUUAAAGUUCUCAAUAGUAUUGCAAUUAUGCAGUUGAGGUAAAGUUUGAAAUUGUAUAUUAUGGAAUUAUUGCUUGGAAAAAGUUACAGAGCAUUGACCUUUAUUGUAAUUUAUAACCUUAUUAGUGUUUUGUUCGUUUGAUGUGAUCAUAGUUUCAUAGAAAGGCAUACAGUCUUGUUAUGAUUAAAAUCAUUGAUUUAGGUGCUCUGUAUUAAAAUUAUCUAUGACGAAAUUAAUUUUGAAACAUCUAAAUCCUCAAAAAAUUGGUAAAAGUGUAUUGAAAUGGUUUUAAAUCUUAUGAUUAGUUGAAUAUCGUAAUAGUGAAAAGUUAAUGAUUGUCGUGUGUGUUAAAUGUAUUUGUUUUACACGAAUGCACGGUUUGCCAUGAAUUUCUUACCAAAUAGAUAAAUCUUUAGCUAAUUAUAGGUAGAUUAAUAUACAAACUUCAUAUUGGUUUUUGCUAUAACAACUUAUUAUAAACAAUGUCGACAUACAUAAGAGCUACAUCCAGAAGCGCAUAUCUGUAUAUUUCAUGUAUACUGAAGUAUUGAAGAGGUACUUAAAGUAUUGUAUAUUCGUAAAAAUCAAGUUCAGUAUAAAAAGGAUUCAUAGUUAAGUUUAAAAAUCUUGAAAUAUUAAGUAAAUAGAAGUACCAAAAUAAGUAAGCACAUAUAUUUAUUUAAGUGUGAUUAAAGUACAAAAUUACUAAUGUGUUUUAUUGAAAUUUUUAAUCAUUCAAAUUUGCAUAGAAAAUUCAGGUUGGAAAUCUAAGCGCUAACUCACGCAGCAGUCACCCUACUCGACAACAGUCCAACUUGACGAAAAGCCGAAUUUCGCGUCGCACCUCAAUGGGUUACGAUUACAAUUCAGCGGUAAAUGUACCCGUGUAUGUAGCAACUGCUGUUGAGCUCUUAGACCUUUCUCGGUGGGUUCAGGCAGUUGCUAUCAAAUAACCUCAGUCGCGAUUAUUAUGCUGCCCCGAUGCAGUUACACACCUACUGAGAUUUUUCAAUUUCUGCAAUAUUUGAUUAUUAAAAAAAACGAAUUUCAAGGACGUUCCUAAUGUAAUUAGGUUAUCACCAGUGAACCAUCAAAGCAGUGCAAAGCUCACUCCUAUCUGGGAAUAAAAGUAAUUAAACAGAACUGUGAUCAAAUUAAUAAAAAAGACUUGAAACCGAGUCACAGACCUAAACUAAACAGAACUAAAAACAAGAAAAUAUAUGAUAAAAUAAAAUUACAAAAUAAUUUAAAUAUCUGAAAAAGUCUAAGCUAAGUAAAAGCGUUUUUACAAUAUUAUAAAAACUAGCCUCAUAUUGUAAAACGAGUGUCAAGUCGGAACAUUGCUUCAAGACAAAUAUAGGCAGGGUCCCAUGGGAAACAAAAAACGAAAUGUGGUUUUUCGGGCUCUUCCAAAAAAUAUAAUACAUAGUUUAUUUGAUUUAUAUUUUAGAUUAUUAUACACGAUUGGGCUGUAUGGCUUUCAAUGUUUUUGCCCAUAAAGGAUAAAAAAAUACGAUAUCAAUGAUAUCAAUGACAAAAAAAUGACAUUAAUAACAAUACAGUACAAUAACAAAAAAUAAAACCGAAUUAGGCACAUAAAAUAUACCGAAUAACCGAAAUAAAUAUGUAACACUUAAAAAAUAGGCUAAAAAUAUAUUAUGAAAAUAACUAUAAACUCGCUUAAUUAAGUGACACUGUUCAGUCGCCUGUUAUAAAUUACACAAACAAAAUCCUUGUAUCAAACCACCGUCCCCGCCGAAACAAACAAUAGGCGUAAAGCAAGCUGUUGAAAAUUUAUACCCUACAGAAGAUACGAAAAUUCAACAGAAGUUAAGAAAUGUCUAGAAAAUCCCCAUGUGAGAGAAAUAUUAGAGCUGCUUGAUUCUUCUGCAAAUCCUGAUGAGUUAGUUCAAGAAUAUAUGCAAGAACCCAUAUUCACAGAAUUUGUUGAUGCAUGUUUGAAAGUUGUUCAACCUCAAUAAUAUCAUGAAACUAAAUAUAGUGUCUAUGAGAAUUUAUUUUGUGAAAAAAUAAAAGUCGAUAACAAAACAAA